AUGUCGACGCCGAGUGCACAGGAGCAGAUCAAGCGCAAGACGCUUGGAGUUGGUCCAGAGACAGUCACCAACCAGCAGUCUACCGACUUCCCAGGACACUGGCCGGGCGAGAACCACGAAUGGGACUUGGAAUACUUCAAGGAGAACUUCAACGUCACCUUCCACAAAUUUGUCCCCAACAACGCCGAGUUCUCCCUCACUGGUAUCGACACCUCGGUCGCAAACGCCUUCCGCCGCAUUCUCCUCUCCGAAAUCCCUACGCUCGCCAUAGAAGACGUCUUCAUCUACCAAAACACAUCCAUCAUCCAAGACGAAGUGCUCGCCCACCGCCUUGGCCUAAUCCCCCUCUGCGGCGACCGCGAGGGUCUCCGCUGGCUGAAAUGGUACAAGAAGCCCACAGACGACGACGAGGGCUCCGGAACACCCUCAGACUAUAACACCAUUGCGCUGCGACUAGACGUGGAAUGCACAUGGCAAGAGGGCGGUCUGCAACGAGCAGUAGCUGGAGAGACCGAUCCCGAUAAACUCUACGUCGGCCACAAUGUCUACGCUAAAGACAUCGUCUUCCAACCCCACGGCCGUCAAGAGGAGAAGUUUGCGCAAAGCGAAGGGAAAGAAAUCCGGUCUACCAACCCAGAUAUCCUGAUCGCAAAGAUGAGGCCAGGGCAGAGCAUUUGUCUCAGCAUGCACGCUAUCAAGGGCAUCGGACAAGACCACGCCAAGUUCUCGCCCGUCGCAACGGCUUCGUACCGCCUUAUGCCUACCAUCGACAUCACGAAACCCAUCAUCGGCGCCGACGCAAAGAAAUUCGCCCGCUGCUUCCCCCGGGGUGUCAUCAAGCUCGACAAGGUCACUUCCGAGGACGCCCAGAAACAUGCCGAGCUGGAAGGCAAGGAAGGCGAGCCUAAGGCUGUAGUCGAGAACGCCAUGAAUGACACCGUCAGCAGAGAAUGCUUAAGACAUCCCGAAUUCAAAGACAAAGUGAAGCUGGGUCGGAUACGGGACCACUUCAUCUUUAAGGUAGAAAGCACUGGCCAGUGGGAGAGCGACGAGCUGUUUUUGGAGAGUGUUAAGCUGCUCAAGAUCAAGUGUCAAAGGAUUAAGAGGGGAUUGGAUGAGAUGCAAAAGUAG